AUGAAAACCAGGGAAGCUCUCAAAAAGAAAGCAAAUGUAGCAUUAAUUUUGCAGGUUGAACUAAAAAAGAUAGAGGAAGCUCUUAAAGAUUCAAGUUGGGUACAAGCAAUACAGGAAAAGUUAGAUCAGUUUUGUAAAUAUCAAGUGUGGAAAGUGAUACCCAAACCUGAAAAUGUUUCUAUAAUUGAAACAAAGUGGUUCUUUAGAAAUAAAUUGAACAAGGAUGGAAAGGUCGUAAGGAAUAAAGCCAGAUUAGUUGCUCAGGGAUAUUCACAACAAGAAGGAGUCGACUAUGACGAAACUUUCGCUCCAGUAGCUCGUUUGGAGUCUAUACGAAUCCUUCUGGCAUAUGCAUCAUUUAAAGGAUUUAGGUUGUUUCAGAUGGAUAUCAAAAUUGCAUAUUUGAACGGAUUUAUUGAGAAGAAGUAUAUGUGA